AUGGAAACCGCCGCUGCUACUCCGACCAGCCAGCCCAAGAGGCGGGGCCGACCAAAGGGCUCCACUAAAUCCAAAGCCGACGCCGAGCGCGAGUCCGCCGCUGAUACUCCCGGAGUUCCCAGGAUGAGAGGCUCCGCCAGCAAACGCAACGCUGCUACCGACGAGAAGUACACGCAGUGGAAAUCUCUUGUUCCGGUUCUCUACGACUGGCUUGCUAAUCAUAACCUCGUUUGGCCCUCGCUUUCCUGUCGUUGGGGUCCUCUACUUGAGCAAGGAAGUCACAAGAACCGGCAGCGCCUUUACCUUUCUGAGCAAACUGAUCAUUCUGUACCAAACACUCUGAUUAUAGCAAACUGUGAUGUCGUCAAGCCUCGUGUUGCUGCAGAAAAUCACAUAGCAAAUUUUAAUGAAGAAGCCCGCUCACCAUUUGUCAAAAAGUACAAGACGAUUAUACAUCCUGGCGAGGUCAACAGAAUUAGGGAACUUCCUCAGAACAAAAAUAUUAUUGCAACACAUACUGAUUGCCCUGAAGUCCUCAUCUGGGAUGUCGAAGCCCAACCUAAUAAGCAUGCUGUUCAUGGGGCAGGGGAGUCUCGCCCUGAUUUGGUAUUGACCGGGCACACGGAUAAUGCUGAAUUUGCCCUCGCAAUGUGCCCAUCUGAGCCCUUUGUACUUUCUGGAGGGAAGGACAAGCUUGUGGUCCUCUGGAGUAUUCAAGAUCACAUUUCUGCAUCAGCCAGUGAUGGAUCAAAGGCCUCCGCUUCUGCUGGGUCGAUCGUUAAACCUGCUGAUAAUUCCCCUGUUCAGCCACGUGGUAUUUUUCAGGGGCAUGAUGAUACUGUUGAAGACGUGCAGUUUUGCCCAUCAAGUUCACAGGAGUUUUGUAGUGUCGGUGAUGAUUCUUGCCUAAUAUUAUGGGAUGCACGGUUAGGAAAUAAUCCUAUUUUGAAAGUUGAAAAGGCACACAAUGCUGAUCUCCACUGCGUUGAUUGGAAUCCUCACGAUCAAAAUCUUAUUCUGACUGGGUCUGCGGAUCACUCUGUGCAUUUGUUUGAUCGCCGGAAGCUAACACCUGAUGGGACUGAAUCUGUGGUACAUAAAUUUGAAGGCCAUACAGCUGCUGUGCUUUGUGUUCAGUGGUCUCCUGAUAAAUCCUCUGUCUUUGGAAGCUCUGCGGAGGAUGGUCUACUCAACAUCUGGGAUUAUGAAAAGGUUGGGAGAAAGUUAGAAAGUGGGACCAGGUCUCCAAGUCCUCCUCCAGGCUUAUUUUUUCAACAUGCUGGCCACAGGGAUAAGGUCGUGGAUUUUCACUGGAAUGCACAUGAUCCGUGGACCGUUGUUAGCGUUUCUGAUGAUGGUGAGAAUAGCGGUGGUGGGGGUACACUACAGAUAUGGCGAAUGACCGACUUGCUCUACAGGCCUGAGGAUGAAGUCCUAGCUGAGCUGCAGCAUUUCAAAGAUCACGUGAUUGACUGCACAUCUAAGUCGUAA